AUGCGUGGCUCCAUCCGCCGCCGCCAUAUUCCCCGCAGCGACAGGCGGUUGUUCCUGUCACGGGCUGCUCCUCGGUCUCGGAACUUGGACUCUGCGUCCCGAAGGUGGUGCGGGGCUGAGAGCGGAGCCCCGCAGGCCUGGGGGCCCUGGGGAGCGGGGCGGGCGCCCCGGCACUCGGCGGGGCCGGGCUGGGCUGGGGAAGGGGCGGCUCGGGCUGCGCGUCCGCCGGCUGCUGUGCCAGAGAACGGCGCUGCGUGGAGGCCGGGCGCGCGCUCCGCGUAUGCGGGAACCGGUUCCAGGCGCCCCGGGAACGGAAAGGGGGUCCUGCAGACGGCGCGAGCGCGGGAGGUCACGUUCCAGCUCUGCCAGCUGACCCUUGUGUUAGCUGUGCUGCCAACGUGCUCCAUGCGCUUCCAAGAGCAACAGAAAAUGGACAAAUCUCUGGGGUUGGUGUCAUUUGAGGACGUGGCUGUAGAAUUCACCUGGGAGGAGUGGCAGGACCUGGAUGAUGCUCAGAGAACCCUGUACAGGGAUGUGAUGCUGGAUACUUACAGCAGCCUGGUGUCGUUGGGACACUGCAUUAUUAAACCUGAGGUGAUCUUCAAGCUGGAGAAAGGAGCAGAGCCAUGGUCAGAAGAGCAACCCCCAAACCAGAGCCUCCCAGAUGUCCAGACAGUCAACAUCGAUGACUUAAUUGCAAGGAGCCAUGAAAGUCACCGUACACGUUUGUGGCAAGUUGUGAUUACCAGCAAUAACAUGUCAACUGAAGAGAGAGUUCAGUUAGGAAAGACAUUUAAUUUGAGCUCAAAUCACACUUCAAAUCUCAUUAUAAAUAAUGGAAACCAUUCAGGAAUGAGGCCUGAGGAGUUUAACGAAUGUCAGAACAUGCUUCUGUCUAGAAAGCAUGAUGAGAGGCACACUGAAGAGAAAUCUGAUGUGCGUAAUAUAACUGGGAAAUCCCUCAGAUGUCCUGAACAUCAUGGUCGGCAUCGCAAGAUUCUAACUGGGCCUUUUGAAUAUGGUGGACAAGGGAAAGCCUUCAACACAGAGCCAAUGUUAUUGUCAUGUAUGAGGGCUUAUAUGGGAGAGACCUCCUGUAAAUAUACUGAACACGGGAGAGCUUGUGAUAAGUCAGCUAUCACUGCCCAAGAGAUGACUCAGGUAGGGAGGAAAACUUUUAAAUGUGAUGUAUUUGAGAAGAUGUUCUAUAAAGAGUCUCAACUCAUUGAACACCAGAAAGUACAAAAAGAAGAGAAAUCCUACAAAUGUAGCAAAUGUGAGAAAUCAUUCAUUAAUAAAUCAGUCCUUACAGUACAUCAGAAAACACAUUCAGGAGAGAAGCCCUAUGCAUGUAAUGACCAUGAGAAAAUUUUCUCUCCUAAGUCAGACCUUAUUAGACAUCACAUAAUUCACACAGGAGAUAGACACCAUGAAUGUAAUGAAUGUGGGAAAAUCUUCUACAGUAAGUCACACCUCACUGAACACCAGAAAAUACACACGAGAGAGAGAAACCAUGAAUGUAAUGAAUGUGGGAAAGCCUGCUACAGUACAUCCCACGUUACUGAACACCAGAAAAUGCACACAGGAGAGAGACGCUAUGAGUGUAAUGAAUGUGGGAAAACCUUCUUCCAUAAGUCAGACUUUAUUGUUCAUCACAGAACUCACACAGGAGAGAAACCCUAUGAAUGUAAUGAAUGUGGGAAAACCUUCUGCCGUAAGUCAUACCUCACUGUACAUCGGAGAAUUCACACAGGAGAGAAACCCUAUGAAUGUAAUGAAUGUGGAAAAACCUUCUACAGUAAGUCACACCUUAACGAACAUCAGAGAAUUCACACAGGAGAGAAACCAUAUGAAUGUAAAGAAUGUAGGAAAAGUUUCUACCAUAAGUCAACUCUCACUGUGCAUCAGAGAACUCACACAGGGGAGAAGCCCUAUGAAUGUAAUGACUGUGGGAAAACCUUUUCCCAGAAGUCGAACCUCAACACACAUCAGAGAACUCACACACGGGAGAAAUCCUGCAUGGCAGAGACUGGCUGUGUGCUUUCCAAAGACCACUCUCUUUUCUCUUGAUCAUGGAGUUAGCCUGCCUCCCCUUUUGUGUGUGGUACCAUGUAACUGAGCUCUUUUCAGAGAAAUAUGGACAAAAGUGAUGAACAUUACUUCCAAGCCUGGGAGCAAUGAAUGUCCAUGGGAUCCUCCCUUGUUUCUCCUGUCCACUGGGACUGGAGUGGGAAUGAUUCUAGGGUUGCCUUGCUAGCUACAGGUGGGUGAAGGCUACCAUGAUCUAAAGUCAGAGGGAAUUCAUUGGAGAGAGCAGAAAUCUCAUCUUUAUCCCCAAACUGUCCAUUUGUACUUUAUGCAAGUGAGAAAUAAAAUACCUACUGUACCGACUCAUACAUGUGGGGCAUGUGUUUGCAUCACAGCACAACUUGAGCAUGGUAGCUCAUUCACUUUGUGAACUUUUCAGUCCUUGUACAUGAGAAGAUUCACAUGGGAGAGAUCUCUCUGUCCUCUCUUAUACCAAGAUCAGUUUAUGGAAAAUUGAAAGACGUCACAGGGAGAAACAACACAUCAGGGACACCUUAGCAGGCAGGGACGUCUCAUUAAAUGCUGAGAAUAAAGUGAACCUUUAUAAAUAUCACUGAUGUGUCAAGGCUUUCAGUAAAGCUUUCAACAUUUUAUGUAAUAUGGGUGUAAAUUUUUAAAUAGAUAUAUUGAGUAUGGCAUUAAAAAUACAUUAGAAAUAUUUGACUAUAUGCCAUUAAAUGAGUGCUGAUAUUCCUGUCAGGGGACAUUUGGCUAUGUCUGGGGACACUUGGUCAUCAUAGCUGCAGGUUGGGACAUGCUACUUCAUCCAGUGGCUGGAGGCAGGGCUGCUGCUGAACAGCCCACAGUGCACAGAGCAGCCCCUCACCAGGUGGGGCUUAUGCAUGUGAGUAUUCUGUGUUAAUAAGUUUUUCUUAAUGGAACCCAGCAUAACUGUGGUUAAUGAGUGCGUGCACUAAGCGUAACAAAUAUUGUGACUUACAUUAGGAUUCCUGUCCUUAGUCCUACUCUGACCUCUUUAUAUCUUGUUAAAUAUUUUAAGCCUAAAGUAUUACACUACAUGCUUUCUCCCUCUGCUCCUAGUGUAUGCACAUUUGUAUGACCAUUAUUACCAAACUGUCUCUUAAGAAGACAAUCUUUUUUCUAAAGUUAAAAGCUAACAUGGAAGCAGACAGUGGGUCUGACUGUGGUGUACUAAAUAGCAAGCUGAUAAAGUCCUUGCUAUUUUAAGGGAGCGAGCCAGCAAGGCUGGCUUCCCGUUGGCCUGCCUCCCCCUCCCCCCUCCCCUUGAGGUCUGACCUUUGAUUGAACCUGGGACCCUGGGAACUUUGUAAAUGAGGGAUUUAUGCUCUUAUUUUGCUGAUAAGUAGUUAGCCAUGAACCUUCAAGCACCAUGGCAACAGAAAGUGUUCUAUAAACAGCUUUGUACCAGACAUAACUGGCUUAAUCAGUACAAUAUGUUAUUUUUUCUGCCUUAUUAAAAGAACCUAAAAUAAACUAAGGGGCUUCACAGGUCAGCAGCCUGUGCAGUCCUCCUGACCCCA